UACCACUGCGCCGCGGAUGACGUGAGCGGAGAUCGGUAGCAACUGUUGCCUUGAGAAUAAACGCCAUAGUCACGGUAGCCGUGGAGACUGUUACCCACCAACAGCUCGGGCCCGUAGCAAGAAAUGAGCAUGCAGAGUACAGAGGGUACAUCAGACUCGGCUACAACUGUGACCCUGCGGACGUCUGCUGCUGGUCCACCAUCUGUGCAGUCUGCAGUGGUACAGCAAGUGCCAGCACCACAACAGCAGAUGGUGGUCCAGGCAACAGGCUCUGCUCAGAAAGGAGGCCAGGUAGAGCAGCUUCAGGUUCAGAGCUUACAGCAGGUCCAGCAGGUGCAGUCUGUUCAACAUGUUUAUCCAUCACAAGUUCAAUAUGUGGAAGGAGGGGAUGCAGUCUAUGCAAAUGGGACCAUACGUGCAGCAUAUUCGUAUCCAGAAACCCAACUCUAUGCACAGAAUCCGGGAGUCUCGUACUUUGAGUCACCGGGAAGUGCUGUUCAAGUGACUACGGUCGUGUCCUCACCCACUGUGGUGCCAUCUCAUAAUAUGGUGGGAACUGUCGGCAUUGCAAUGGAGGUGGGAGGAAGUCAGAUCAUCUCGAGCAGUGCUGGAACAUAUCUCAUCCACGGAGGUUCAAUGGACAGUUCUAGGCAUCCACUGUCUCAUGCUACUCGUCCGUCAUCUGGAACUAUUGAAAUGGCAAUUGAGAACCUCCAGAAAUCAGAAGGAAUCACAGCUCAUAAAAGCACUCUGCUGAACAGCCACCUUCAGUGGCUUCUUGAUAAUUAUGAGACUGCUGAAGGAGUUAGUCUCCCCCGGAGCUCCCUCUACAACCAUUACCUGCGGCAUUGUCAAGAACAGAAGCUUGAUCCUGUCAAUGCAGCUUCCUUUGGCAAACUGAUUCGUUCUGUCUUCAUGGGGCUAAGGACCAGAAGAUUGGGAACAAGGGGAAAUUCCAAGUAUCACUACUACGGGAUACGUCUAAAGCCAGAUUCACCUUUAAACCGUUUACAGGAGGACAUGCAGUACAUGGCGAUGCGACAGCAACCAGUACAUCAGAAGCAAAGGUUUAAACCUAUGCAAAAAUUGGAUGGUGUGGGAGACAAUAUGCCUGGAAAUGGACAGCAUGCAACUCCAGCAACCCCAGAGCAAUCAGUGGCUGCACAGAGCCAACAUCACCAGCAAUUUCUGGACGUGACUCGUGCACUGCCAGAGUUCGUUGAUGCAGAGAUUGGUGAUUCUCCAUUGCCAGAGAAUAUCACAAUGAAUGAAGUGAAGACAUUGCAGGUUUUGUACAGGGAGCAUUGUGAGGCAAUGCUGGAUGUUGUAAUAAACCUUCAGUUUCACUAUAUUGAAAAACUUUGGCAAACAUUCUGGCAUUCAUCUCCCUCUGCUUGUGAUGGUGCUUCUGUCACUUCAAUCAGCGAGGAGGAAAGUGAGUCUGUUUUCCCCAAAGCUAAGCUCAUCAGUCUCUGUAAGUUUGAGCCCAUCAUUAAGUGGAUGCGAAACUGCGAUCACGUGCUAUACCAGGCGCUGGUGGAAAUUCUGAUUCCUGAUGUUCUGCGGCCUGUCCCUAGUGCUUUGACCCAAGCUAUUCGGAAUUUUGCCAAAAGUUUGGAGGGAUGGCUAAUGAGUGCAAUGAAUGGCUUCCCUCAGCAGAUGGUUCGGACAAAGGUGGGAGUUGUAAGUGCCUUUGCACAAACAUUGCGCAGGUACACGUCCCUGAACCACCUUGCACAAGCUGCCAGAGCAGUACUACAGAAUACAUCGCAAAUUAAUCAGAUGCUCAGUGACCUCAACCGUGUUGACUUUGCCAACGUACAGGAGCAAGCAUCGUGGGUGUGCCAGUGUGAGGAGGGAAUGGUGCAGCGUCUGGAGCAGGACUUUAAAAUGACGCUACAGCAGCAGAGCUCCCUGGAUGAGUGGGCAUCCUGGCUUGACAAUGUUGUCAAUCAGGUCCUGAAGCCUCACGAGGGCAGCCCUGGAUUUCCAAAAGCUGCUCGCCAGUUCCUUCUGAAGUGGUCCUUCUACAGUUCCAUGGUUAUACGUGACCUGACCUUACGUAGUGCCGCCAGCUUUGGCUCCUUCCAUCUGAUCCGGCUGCUUUAUGAUGAGUACAUGUUUUACCUGGUGGAGCAUCGUGUGGCACUGGCAACAGGCGAGACUCCGAUAGCUGUGAUGGGCGAGUUUGGUGAUCUGAGCUCCAUGUCUCCUCUACAGAUGGAGAAAGAUGAUGGAAGUGGGCUGGAGAGCGAGGUGGAUGCAGAACUGAGAGGUGUGAGUGAACCUCCUGUCAAGCGAGAGCGUGUGGACCUCAACCAUUCCCUUCAAGAGAUGGAAGUCUCCACUCACCAGGAAUUAAUGAAUUCAAUAUAAUCAGACUGAAAAGGUCAAAACCUCCAAUGAAACACCCACUUUGGCACUAUGUCUGGGGCAGAAGAAUACCCCAUUCUCCAGGUUCUGGCUGAGCUCGACAUAAAGAUCACAGAAACUAAUUGCAGAAGGUGCACGUGUUAGACCAGUACUUAAACACUCCAACCCUCGAAAGGUGGCUGCAAUGGCAUUGUCAUGUGACCCAGAGGAAGAACGUGAGCCAGAGGAGGCCAUGUCCACUGCAAUUGAAUAACUGUAGGUGGUUAGUGCACAGAGUCCAAGCUAUUUUGCAAUGACUGUUUAAAUGGUUUAGGGUACUGGUUUAUAGUGCUGCUUUAGUCAUUCUAUAUAAAUUCAUUAUUGCGGAUCCACUGGGAUUUUAACUGGCUACUAAUUUGAGAAUGGCAGGAAACUAAUUCGACAUUCUAUUUUUGCAAAUAGAAGAGAACCUUUUAAUUUUGUAAUUGCUUUUGUCACUCUCCCAUCUACCCUCACACUCAGGAGGCUGGCUAAACCAUUCCAUUCUCUCUGGGGAUAGUUCUGUUGUUAAAAUAUUUCAUUUAACUCUUCCUGAGCUAGGAGGUGUAUUGGCCAAGUCAGGGCUAUGGUGGUUGGCUAGGUAGAAUGAAGCUUCUACAUAGGGUCCACCACUCUCUCCUCAGAGUCUCGAGACAGGCCAGAGGCAUGUGGGUGGUGAAUUAGUGAAAUGACCGUAAGAUCUUACUUUUCCAGUACUUCACUUCCUACGGCUGGGAGACCAGCUGAAUGGAGACAUGAACUUGUCCAUAAUGACAACCAUCACUGCUCAGGAAGGAGUGUUGAGGUUCAUUUGGAUGAACCCAGUAACUAAACAAUCCUGUCCGCUUUGGACCGAUUCUAUGGGACUCACUGUGGAAGCCUCUUUGGCCAAACAUGCUGUUACUUAGCGAGUGAUAAUUGCCUUAUUAGAUCAUUAUUUUACCCAUUUAAAAAAUAACCUAGCUGCCCAACAGCUAGUGAUAAGAUAACUGUGUCCCUUUAGUGGGGUAUGUUAUACAUCAGGGAACCCAGUACAUGCAUUUCACUGUGCCUUAGGGAAAUUUACUGGGAUAAUGGAUGAAAUGUGCCUGCACUGGUCAGAGACCCAGACACUGUGAACUGACUUUUAAAAUCUGUCAUUUAUAACUAUUUUUGCUACUGAUGGUUAAGUGACAUCAAACAUUUUACUUGCAAUUACUAAAUAGACAAAUUAACCUCAGUAAAGUACCUUGUCUACUUGCUGUAGGUGUCACACAGCAGUUUUUUAAAAACAUUACACUACUUUCUAAUUACACAUGCAUGUUUCUGGUUCUGCAGCCUUAUUUGUUCUUGAGCAGGUAACUUUUGUACUUUUGGAAACUAGCAAGUCUGAUGGUAGAAAACAGACAGUUGUGUGGGCUUUCCUGGAGCUUCGUGUCACAUUCUUCCCUCCUCAUUUGGUCUUUUGAAUGGUGAUUGAAACAAUUCCACAAAACUGAAGUGUUUACAAACAGCACAACUCUAGAACAUGUGAACAAACAGAUUUUGCAGUCAGGCAAUAAGUUUUAAACAUUCCUCUCUUUUUCUUGUCUACAUUUCCUGAGCAAUUUUGUUUUUGAUCAGUGGUUCUUCUGGCUCCAGCUGGGGGGUUGUCACAUGCUUCAAAUGUAACAAGUAGUCUCCAGAAAAGGGGAGCUGUGUAAUCCCUUGGAGCAAAGGCUGCUGGCUUUAUCUUGAUGGCACGUGUGCACUUUCCAUUCACUGUAAUUGUACGUGUUAAACAUGUUCAGCCAUUUCCCUCUUAGUCUACUAAACACUGAGUUUUCGGAAAGCAACUCUCCCGAGCUAUUCUCUGCUGACAGUAACACAGAUCACUGGUCCUCAUACUCAAAUCAUGGCAUCCCACAGAAAAUCUGACACAUUUUAUUGCUUUGAAAUGACUAGUUUUUGCAAAGAGCAUAUCUUCACACGAGAUUUUGAAGCUUGUUGGUCUGCUGAUUGUACGUUGGUGCCGUUAACACAGCAGGGAACUUAAACCAGAAUCAUAAAUCCCUGUUCGCAUAGUAUCUGUCAUCUACCAUCAGCCAUUCACCUAUCUGUUCUCAACUUUGUCACAAUGUUUAAAGUGAGCUGGGAAGCUUAAAUAUUCCAUUUUUGAAGCUCCUUUAUGUAACUUAUUUAUUGGGUUCAAUGCAAUUAAUAAGCCUUUCACUUCUAUGUAAUUAAAAUCAAACAUAACAAUGAGCAAACCUUAAAGGUUUUGCAUCAACUCUGAUAGAGUGUAUUUAGCAAAGUAGUUAACAGAAUGAUUGGGACUCUGGAGGGUUCAGGUUUGAACGUGUGCACUGUGUAAGCUGAAUUUUCUUCAACUGAUUUCAUGUGAACUUUUAGCCCAUCAGUUUUAUUGGAUAAGAAGUUAACUUAAAAGUGUUCUUUAUUUUUCAUUGACCACUGAAGACUCAUGUCAUUUUCUAAGUAAGUUAUUUCUUCAGUUUUCUUUUAAAAAGACUGGAAAAUAUCUGUUGUAAAUGUUUUCAGAUGUAUUUUUUUUUAAUAUCCAAAUCCUCCCACAAUAGGAACAAUUAGUAUUUUAAAACUUGUCUUUGCUGUGAUUUUUACUUUGUGGUACACAGUUUUGCAAUGGAACAAAAAUUAUCCAACCAGCGGGCAAAGAAAGGGGUUAACAUUGCAGAACCAUUGAAAAUUUUAAAACCCAUUUUCUGUAACACCAAUUAUAGCUGAUCUCUUUUUACCCAAUUUGAAUCCAUAUUUCCUAAUUUCUCACCCACAAGCUUCUGUUGAUCUGAUGCUGCAGUAAAUACCUAGCCAAACUGAUAACAGCCACCUCUACAUGUUGGUGUCUGUAUGUAACUGUAUUCUACUAUUCACAUGGGCCAUGUCUACCUACACAUUGUCCAUCUGCCUGGGGUUCAGAGGGUGCUAAUUUCACUGUGAUAUAGUGAUGCACUUGGGCUCUGAAUUGCUGUGCAAGAAUGAUGUGGACCUGCAUCGGUAACUUCCUACAACAUAGAGUUAACCACACUAUAGCAGAGCCCUGCACAGGAACUGAAGCUUAAAUAAAGUAUGCUCUUGGUGAUCAGCUGUGAUCCAAAGUUUCAUUCACUGUGUCCAUUUGUCUGGCUCAGGCACAGAGCAGAGAGCUGGGGACAGUGUAACUUGACUGAUUCUUCAGGAUCAGUAACAGGACCCAGCCACGCCAUAUAUUGUGUUUCAAUACCCUCAUCAUUGGUGAGGGCAGAGCUGGAUGUCAUUUUUCUUUAAAGGAAUUUGUUUCCCAGUAUCCAAGUCAAGAAAAGUUAUUGAAAUUCAGUAUAUUAUAAAUAACUGUGUGCACAAUGUAACUCACCUCUGCAUCCGUGUAUACGUGGUACAGUAACUCACUGCUGCAUUAUAAAGGCCACUUUUGCUAGCACUAGAAACUUUUCCCAAUGUAUUCCUCCGUCUACAAAAUACAUGCAUGUUACUUAGCAGCAACAAAAUUCUAAAUAUGAUGAAGGGUUGUCUGUUUCUCGACUCUGCCUCCAAACCUUCAGAAUCAGGUUUAUUAUCACUGAUGUAUGUGAUGAAAUUUGUUGUUUUGCGGCAGCAGUACAGUGCAAUACAUUAAAAAUACUAAGUUACAAUAAGAAAUAUAUUUGAAAAAUAACUAGUGCUAAGAGAGGAAAAUAGUGAGGUAUUGUUCAUGGACCAUUCAGAAAUCUGAUAUCUCUGAUUUCAGUUGUAUUUUGGCUUUACUCCAAAAGUUAUUUAUUUUACUUAAAACAAUUUGAUUUUAUUAUUCAGGACUGAAACAUCAGUUACACACGAGGAUAAUGUCCUUAGAUAAUCUUUGAUCAAUUCGCAAACUGUGUCACUUUAUUCUGAACCAAAAGCCUUAGACAAACAGUGUAAUUGUAUAUCCCAUGGUUUUUCAACCUCAGAAACAUUCAUAAUUGAAUUACUGAAUUAUCAAGGCAUGAAAGUCUACCCAUGGUCAGCUGAUUAUUAAGAUCUAUGAAUUUGUCUCCAUUCUGCAUUGCAUCAGUGGGAUUGGGAUAAUUUUAAGGUGUAUAGGUUUUCUGCUUUUACAUUAUCUGUAUUACUGUUUUAUUUGUAAAGUGAAAGCGACCCCAAUUGCCUGGUUUUACUUACUUCACAAGGUGUAGUUUAGCAUCGAUGAGCUUGGUUAGUCUAACUUACAGUCUGGAAUUUUUUUUUGUUAUCUGUAAUAUGUGUAUAAAUUGAUGUAAAAACUGAAAUUUGUUAACAUUUUGUGCAUUGUGAUUAUUGUUGGUUUAAAUCGUCCCUCGAAUUCCAUACAAACAGAAUCUGUAUCACUAUUUGGAAAAUAGGUCCUCAAAAGAUGUUGAUUUGAUUGUUCCCACAGGGCAUUCUUGAUCUUAAAAAUUAACCUCUUUAAAACUCUGAAUUUAAUAAUAAAAACUUGCUGAAUCAGCCGCUCCAGAGAACUGUGCCAUGUUCUGCUUUGAAACAUAGCCUGUCACGCUUCCCUUCUUUCU